CAUUGACCAUUAAAUCGCUCCCCGUAAAGACCAUGCUGCCGACGACGCAGUCCUGUGGAAAAACGGCGCGGAAGAUGCUCGAGACGCUGCCAGCUAUAUUCGCAGGGCAUGUUGCAUUCGCAUCAACAACACACGAAAGUCAUCGAGGCGCCACGGAGGAGCAAUUGCAGCUCGAGCUCUCAUGCAGACCACAGCUGCACGACCUCGAUGUCAUCGGCGCGGUCAGUGAAAGAAUUCAGUCGAAAGCUUUGAUGCAUUCCGCAUUUUUCCUUCCGCUUUCGCAGGAGGAAUCGCAAUGCUAAGAGCGAAUCUCCACCGCUGAAAGGCGAAGUACCAUUCCGGCACGAUCGAAGCAUGAUAUCGCGUACAAGCAAGGUCUUUGACGCUCCAGCCUUCUCGGCAUGCAUAUGGACAUUGAAAUCCCCAAGCAUCGACUUUGGAGAUGC